AUGUCUCUCCCCGAACGGCCGGGCGCGAGUCCCGCAUACGAUCAGCGCAAUGUCUACCGAAACUCGCCCUCGCGACGAUCGCGUCCCGUCGACAUCGAAACCGGUGGCUAUCAUCCCGUAGGAGAUACAAAUCAACACCAACGUGGGAGAUCUGCUUCUUCUUUCGCUGAUUCCAUCGGUCCUAAUUCAAAUACAGAGAGUAUGCCUCUGUCGCCAUCGAGCCCCGAGGCCCGUGCCUCGAGGACCAACGAACCCGUAUCUCGCAAGAGGAGCUUGAUUCGACCCGAGCGAAACAGGAUUGAUAGGGACCACCGAAAUUACCACUACCACAAGCAUGCUGCGCACAUGAACGUUCUCCCAUCGUCGACAGGAAAUGACCCCAUCUACGAGGACCUCGAGGCGUCGACCGACCGGUCCGGCUCGAAUCUCAACGAGGAUGCAUCGGAUAACUCUCGACAGAGACGACAUGCGAGCGGCGAACACGAGAAGAGCGCCGCCGCCUCUUCCCGCCCUACUCCAAGCCGCUCGAAAUCGGGAAAGAUCCAGAAGAAGUCGAAGUCGAAGCGUAAUUCCAGACAAAAAACCAAGCGGGUGGAGGAGCAGCUUCGACCUCCUACAUUUUGGAACGUCUACUGCGCCAUUGUGACCUUCUGGGCUCCCGGCUUCAUUAUGAAGUGCUGCGGUAUGCCAACAAGGGCGCAGCAGAGGGCCUGGCGGGAGAAGAUGGGCCUCAUCAGUGUCAUCUUGUGCAUCAUGGCCAUUGUUGGUUUUCUCACCUUUGGUUUCACGGCGACUGUCUGCGGCGCUCCCGCGGAGCGGUUACGCGUUAACAAGGUUGAUAGUGGUAACAUGAUCUUCCACGGCGUUGCCUAUGAUCUGUCCAAGUCCCACCACCCUGCUGCUCAAGGCAUGCCUCUUCGAGGUGACGGAUUGGGCCCCAACGUUCUCUACGAUUUGCCCGAGAAGCACGGUGGACAGGAUGGUAGUUUUCUGUUCCAGAACGUCAAUGGCAAGUGCAAGGGCUUGAUCACGCUCGCAGAUGGCUCAGAUGUCCCGACUAACGAUGACGGCGAUCUGGCUUGGUAUUUCCCCUGCACUACGUUUAACCAGGAUGGCUCGUCCAAGCCCAACCUUACCAUCCCGUACUAUCUUGGCUACGGUUGCCAUACGACGCUCAAAUCGCGAGAUCUUUUCUACCUCGACUUGAGCGGCUCCGCGGACGUAUACUUUAGCUGGGACGAUAUCAAGAACAGCUCGCGCAACCUGAUGGUUUACUCUGGAAACGUUCUGGAUCUGGACCUCCUCAAUUGGUUCAACAAGAGCCAGGUGGUGAUCCCUGAACGCUUCGAGCAGCUGCGAGACAAGGAUUCCGAGAUCAACAAGCUUGUUCGGGGUCGCGACGUAACCCGAAUGUUCCAGUCGUCAACUGACAAGAAGUAUGCGCAGUGUUUCGAGGAGAUCAUCAAGGUUGGAUCGGUCGAUACCGAGACGAUUGGCUGCAUCGCUUCCAAGAUUGUCCUCUACUGCGCCUUGGUCCUCAUUCUCUCAGUCGUCGGUGUCCGCUUCUUGCUGGCCAUCAUCUUCCAGUGGUUCAUCUGCCGCAAGUAUGCGCCAGCCAAGACAUCGCAGAGCUCCGAUCGCCGAAAGCGAAACCGCCAGAUUGAAGACUGGUCCGAGGAUAUUUACCGUGCGCCUGCGAGAUUGCCUGGUGAUAUUGGAAGCACUGUGGUCGGAUCUGACCGAACCACCAAGCGCGGAUCAUUCCUCCCAACCACAUCUCGAUUCUCAACUGUCGGCGGCCCCGAUGUAAGGCUCGCUAACCAGCGACGCAUUCCCACAACAAUGGCCAGCCAGGCUGCUUCGAGCCAACUGCUCGCACCUGGAUCCAUUUUCAAGCAGGGCAAUGACAGCCGCGCCAGUUUCCUCCGAUCAGACCCGUACUCCAGCAGCUCCAACCCUACCGAAGGCCCCGGACCCGCAGGCUUCAUCCACGAUGCCGUUGUUCCUCAGCCCCCUUCGGAUUGGAUGCCCUUUGGCUUCCCCUUGGCUCACACCAUGUGCCUGGUCACGGCUUACUCUGAAGGAGAGGAGGGCAUUCGAACUACUCUAGACUCGAUCGCGACAACCGACUACCCCAACAGUCACAAGGUUAUUGUUGUUAUUUGCGACGGUAUCAUCAAGGGCAAGGGUGAAGCGGUUUCGACUCCUGACGUCUGCCUGGGCAUGCUCAAGGACCACUCUACGCCUCCCGACAUGGUUGAGCCAUUCUCUUAUGUGGCAGUUGCCAGCGGAGCCAAGCGACACAACAUGGCCAAGGCCUACUGCGGCUUCUACGAUUAUGGCAAGAACUCGAGAAUCCCCGUCGACCGACAGCAGCGCGUGCCCAUGAUGGUGCUUGUCAAGUGUGGAACUCCGGAUGAAGCUGGUAACUCGAAGCCUGGCAACCGAGGAAAGCGAGACAGUCAGAUCAUCCUCAUGUCUUUCUUGCAGAAGGUCAUGUUUGAUGAGCGAAUGACGGAACUCGAGUACGAAAUGUUCAACGGCCUCUGGAAGGUGACUGGUAUCUCGCCGGACUACUAUGAGAUUAUUCUGAUGGUAGACGCCGAUACCAAGGUGUUCCCUGACAGUCUGACGCAUAUGAUCUCUGCUAUGGUCAAAGAUCCCGAAAUCAUGGGUCUCUGCGGCGAAACCAAGAUUGCCAACAAGCGUGACAGCUGGGUGACGGCGAUCCAGGUGUUUGAGUACUUUGUCUCGCAUCAUCUGGCCAAGUCUUUCGAGUCCGUCUUCGGUGGUGUCACCUGUUUGCCCGGAUGUUUCUGCAUGUACCGAAUCAAGGCCCCCAAGGGUGGCCACAACUACUGGGUCCCCAUUCUGGCCAACCCCGACAUUGUCGAGCACUACUCGGAGAACGUGGUCGAGACGCUUCACGAGAAGAACCUGUACCUCCUGGGAGAAGAUCGUUUCCUGACAACCCUGAUGCUGCGGACGUUCCCCAAGCGAAAACAGGUCUUUAUCCCCCAGGCUGUAUGCAAGACGACUGUGCCCGAUAAGUUCAUGGUUCUCCUGUCUCAACGACGUCGCUGGAUCAACUCGACAAUUCACAACCUCAUGGAACUCAUUCUGGUCCGUGAUCUGUGCGGUACCUUCUGUUUCUCGAUGCAGUUCAUUAUCUUUGUCGAGCUUGUCGGUACCCUGGUUCUGCCUGCUGCCAUUGCGUUUACCUUUUAUGUUGUUAUUACUUCGAUCAUCAAUUCGCCUCCUCAGAUCAUUCCCCUGGUUCUACUGGCUCUCAUUCUCGGUCUGCCGGGUCUCCUUGUUGUCGUCACGGCCCACUCGUGGUCGUACAUUGUCUGGAUGCUCAUCUACCUCCUUGCGCUACCGAUUUGGAACUUUGUCCUGCCUAGCUACGCCUUCUGGAAGUUUGACGACUUCUCAUGGGGCGACACUCGAAAGACGGCAGGAGAAAAGACCAAGAAGGCGGGUCUCGAAUACGAGGGCGAGUUUGACAGCAGCAAGAUCACGAUGAAGCGGUGGGCCGAGUUCGAGCGCGACAAGCGAUCCAAGAGCGGCUACUGGGGUUCCCGUGAGAACGUGGUAGGCGGCGGAGGCAGCUGGACCAGCCCUCCAGGCCACCACCAGUACAGUGAGGAUUACUACUCUGAUGCUUGA